AUGAAACCGAUCAUUGCCGUCCCCGCGACCUGCGCGCUCGUCUACCGAGCGUGGAGCAGGAACUCGCUGACCCCGGCCGGAAUAGCCGUCGCAACCUUGACAGCCAUCGCGCACGCCUACCACCCAUGGAAUCUUCCUUUCGUCCUCCUCUGUGUCUUCUUUUUGGCAGGAACACGCGUGACGCAUAUCAAGGAAGAUGUCAAGUCGCACUACACAGUUCCCUCCAAGGGAACAUCUGGCGGAGAAGGACCUAGGACGCAUGUUCAAGGCAAGUUCCUGAAGCGCUGUCCCCGAUGGGAGCUAGCUAACCCUUGCGCGCCAGUCCUCGCGAACAGCCUGAUGGCCUCGGUCCUCACGAUCCUCCACGCGAACCAACUGCGCAAACGAGAAGCCGCCUUUGUCGACCCGAAUACUCCGGACCCCGAGAGUUCACUGUGCUUCUCCUGGGGUGGCGAUCUCCUUGUUGUGGGAAUCAUUGCAAACUACGCUGCCGUCGCCGCUGAUACCUUCAGCUCUGAACUGGGCAUCCUGUCCAAGAGCCAGCCCCGCCUCAUCACGUCGCCAACACUGCGAAAGGUGCCCCGCGGAACAAAUGGAGGGGUCACUCUCACAGGUCUUGGCGCGGGACUUUUGGGUUCCAUGAUCAUCGUCACUGCGGCCAUGAUGUUUCUACCUUCAUGCACCGAGGAGACGGCACAGAAACCUGGGGGUGGAUCGCCAUGGUCGGUGCUCGAACGACGCAAGUUUAUGGGCUUCAUGGUGAUCUGGGGCACGUUGGGUAGCGUUCUCGACAGCUUCCUGGGCGGAAUGUUUCAGCGAUCAGUCAAGGACGUCCGGUCUGGAAAGAUCGUCGAGGGGGAGGGCGGCAACCGGGUGCUCGUGGCUGAGUCUGCCGAGGCCAUGGCAGCGCACUCCAAGAAGAGGGCCGACAUCAAGGCGGCCAUCAUGCAUGGGGAAGGUCAGAGGGCGACUGCGAAGCUGGGCGGCUCCGCCAUUGCAGACGAUGACGAUGGUGAAGCUGACGCUGAUGUCUACGAUCCUCGGGACAAGCACCGGAAGGCAAGUUUUGGGGACGAGCGGCCUUCUCGCGUGGUUGAAAGUGGAUGGGAUCUUCUCGACAACAAUGAUGUCAACUUCCUCAUGGCCGUCUCGAUGAGCGUUGGCGGCAUGGCGGUAGCAAGCUGGUACUGGGAUGUCCCCAUUCAGAGCGUCAUGGGUGUGUAG